CGGGGGGGUGGGGGGAGCUCCCGGCGGGGGCGGCGGUGGGUCGGCAGGGCCUGGACAUGGCGCUGAGGGGCCGCCCCGCGGGAAGAUGAAUAAGGGCUGGCUGGAGCUGGAGAGCGAUCCGGGCCUCUUCACCCUCUUGGUGGAAGAUUUCGGUGUCAGAGGCGUGCAGGUGGAGGAGAUUUAUGACCUCCAGAGCAAAUGCCAGGGCCCUGUGUAUGGUUUCAUCUUCUUAUUCAAAUGGAUCGAAGAGCGCCGCUCCCGUCGCAAGGUGUCUACCUUGGUGGAUGACACGUCCGUGAUUGACGACGAUAUUGUGAAUAACAUGUUCUUUGCCCACCAGUUGAUCCCUAACUCCUGUGCCACCCACGCCCUGCUGAGCGUGCUCCUGAACUGCAGCAAUGUGGACCUUGGGCCCACUCUAAGUCGCAUGAAAGACUUCACCAAAGGCUUCAGCCCCGAGAGCAAAGGAUAUGCAAUUGGCAAUGCCCCAGAGUUGGCCAAAGCACACAAUAGCCAUGCCAGGCCUGAGCCACGCCACCUCCCUGAGAAACAGAAUGGCCUUAGCGCCGUGCGGACCAUGGAGGCAUUCCACUUUGUCAGCUAUGUGCCCAUCACAGGCCGGCUCUUUGAGCUGGACGGACUGAAGGUCUACCCCAUUGACCAUGGGCCCUGGGGAGAGGAUGAGGAGUGGACAGACAAGGCCCGGCGGGUGAUCAUGGAGCGCAUCGGCCUCGCCACAGCAGGGGAGCCCUACCACGACAUCCGCUUCAACCUGAUGGCAGUAGUGCCUGACCGCAGGAUCAAGUACGAGGCCAGGCUGCACGUGCUGAAGGUGAACCGGCAGACAGUGCUGGAGGCCCUGCAGCAGCUGAUCAGAGUGACUCAGCCAGAGCUGAUUCAGACCCAUAAGGCUCAAGAGCCACAGCUGCCCGAGGAGUCCAAGCUAGCCACCAGCAAGUCCCCUGCGGGACUGGAGGCAAGCAGGGCCCUGGCAUCCACUGAUGGCACCCACACAGACAGUGCAGAGGAAGUGGCUGGCUCAUGCCCACAGGCCCCAGCCCACAGCCCUCCUGGCAAACCCAAGCUGGUGGUGAAGCCUUCGGGGAGCAGCCUCAACGGGGUUCCCCCCAACCCCACCCCCAUUGUACAGCGGCUGCCAGCCUUUCUAGACAAUCACAACUAUGCCAAGUCCCCCAUGCAGGAGGAGGAAGACCUGGCGGCGGGGGUAGGCCGCAGCCGAGUUCCAGUGCGCCCGCCCCAUCAGUACUCUGAUGACGAGGAGGACUAUGAGGAUGACGAAGAGGAGGAGGUGCACAGCACCAACUCUGCCAUCAGGUACAAGCGGAAGGGGCCAGGGAAGACAGGGCCGUCGAGUGGCUCCGCAGACGGGCAGCUGUCAGUGCUGCAGCCCAACACUAUCAACGUCUUGGCCGAAAAGCUUAAAGAGUCCCAGAAAGACCUCUCGGUUCCUCUGUCCAUCAAGACCAACAGCGGGGCUGGAAGUCCAGCGGUGGCCGUGCCAGCGCACUCGCAGCCCUCCCCAACCCCCAGUAAUGAGAGCACGGACACAGCCUCCGAGAUUGGCAGCGCUUUCAACUCGCCCCUGCGCUCGCCCAUCCGCUCGGCCAACCCGACACGGCCCUCCAGCCCCGUCACAUCGCACAUCUCCAAGGUGCUGUUCGGAGAGGAUGACAGCCUGCUGCGGGUGGACUGCCUACGUUACAACCGUGCAGUGCGAGAUCUGGGCCCCAUCAUUAGCACGGGCCUGCUGCACCUGGCAGAUGACGGCGUGCUGAGUCCCCUGGCACUCACGGAAGGAGGAAAGGGCUCCUCGCCAUCCAUCAGACCAAGUCAGGGCAGCCAGGGCUCUGGCAGCCUGGAGGAGAAGGAGGUGGUGGAAGCCACAGACAGCAGAGAGAAGACCGGGCUGGGGAGGCCCAGUGAAGCCCUAAGUGGAGAGAAGUACUCGCCCAAGGAGCUGCUGGCACUGCUCAAGUGUGUAGAAGCCGAGAUUGCUAACUAUGAGGCCUGUCUCAAGGAAGAGGUGGAGAAGAGGAAAAAGUUCAAGAUUGACGACCAGAGAAGGACCCACAACUACGACGAGUUCAUCUGCACCUUCAUCUCCAUGCUGGCUCAGGAAGGCAUGCUGGCCAACCUGGUGGAGCAGAACAUCUCGGUGCGACGGCGCCAAGGGGUCAGCAUCGGCCGACUCCACAAGCAGCGGAAGCCUGACCGGCGGAAACGCUCACGUCCCUACAAGGCUAAGCGCCAGUGAGGACUGCUGGUCCUGACUAGCCUGCUCUUGCCGUGUGGCCCUCCCCGGGGCCCCCUCCCUGCCCACUCCCCCUUGUCCCAGUAUUACUGAAUGGUUCCAGGCCAUGAGCUUAGGCCCCAGAGAAUGCGGGCCAGGCCGCAUUAAUGCCUGGGACCUGGCAGGGGCAGGCCAGCCCCAAGCGUCCUGGAAGCAGCAGUUGGAGUGGGGACACAGCGGGUGCUGCGCUUCCUCCACAGCCGGCUGUGGAAUGUCAAGACCCAGCCCUUCUGCCUGGGCAGCAGAACAUAUAUUUUACAUAUGGAAGACGUCUAUUUUUCUGGGCUCCACCUCAUCUUGCCACCGUGUUGACAUAGCUGGCUUCCCAACGGCUCUCUCCCAGCAGCUGUCAUCUGGUGGACCCAGGUCUCUGUGUCCCUUUGUGGUCCUAGGUGCAGAGCCUGGGGAGGCAGCAGCCCUCUGCUCAGGCUGCAGCUGCCAGCUUGUCCCUGUUGUGAGGCGAGGAGGUCUACUCUCUUCUUACCUCUCAGGAGGGAGUGCCAAACAUGGAACUGCCUGCUGGGCUCCUGUGGGAGUGGGGUGCCCGUGCAGCUGCUGGGCCCUGCGGCCUGAGCAAAGAGCAGUGUUGGAAAGAUCUGGUGGUCUGUAAACCGUCCUGGCUGUAGCCAGGCUGGUGGCGACCAAUCUCUGAAGCAGGGCUCUCGGGUUCUUGGCCUUCAGUGUUGGGUCUGGCGGUGGGCUUGCCUGGGG